AUGCAAAACCCCAGCAAACUGUCCGCCGUCUCUCUAGCCAGACCCCCUGCUUUUUCCGGGCUCCAAGGUUGGGCUGACCUCCCAGAUUGCUUGCUCCAUUCCAUCGUUGCUCGGUUGGCCUCUGUCCGAGACAUUCUUGGCUUUGCUGCAACAUGCCCCUCUUGGCGUGCUGUGUUUUCCUACCCAUCCAAAUCUACGUUCCGCACAAAAUGUCCGCCUCUCCUCAUCCAACCCAAUGUUCGUGUACAAGGUCCUCUUCUUCCUUCUACUAAUGGUUGCCGUGAUAUGUACACAUGUAAGGUUAUUGAUCCAGCCAACCCGAAAGUCGCCCUUCAUUGCCAGAUUCCUCAAGAAACCCUGGAGAAGAUGACGUGUAUCGGCUCUUCCUAUGGUAAUCUCAUCUACUACCGCGAUCGGUAUUGUCGCUUGGUCGAUGUGUUCACAGGUGUGGAGGUUUCAGCUCCACGUCUCCCACCCAUUGCCAAGGGUCCAAAAUUCUGGUUGUAUGGCAUUUUAACAGCCCCCUUGGCAUCACACAGCACACAUCUCCUUGUCAGCACCAAGUUCUACCUGUUUGAUUCGCCUAUUGGAAGCAACUCUUGGUCCCAAGUCCAGCUUCCUUAUAUGUUGAAAACGGACCAGAUUGUGGAAUUCAAUGGUCAGUUCAUUCUCUCGAAUGGCAAUGGGCGGUUCUACUCCGUGCAGCUGGCCCCGCAGCUUGGCCUGCAGGAGAUAACAACCGACAAGCAGGGCUGGAGUCAAGAACCUCGUGAUAUGACAGAGGUGCUGGUUUGUGGUGACAUGCUUAUCGUUCUCAUUCCCCUUGCUUAUGAGCUCUACCGCCUUGACUUGUCGACCAAGCCCGCGACAGUGAUGACCUUGGAGAAGCUGGACGACUGGGCACUCUUUAUCCAGGCGGAAGAAAAGGGCACACCACUUUGGUGCAUGAGUCCGGAACAAUGGGGAGGAAGGAGCAACAGCUGGUACUAUGCCGACGAUGGAUCUCUGCCUUGGACUCUAGACGGUCCGUUUCAUGAACCGGACCCUGUGCAGGAUGCGCCUCCCGUCGAUCCUGACGUGGGAAGCCAGGAUGGAUGGGGAGCGUGGAGCAACACCUCGCACUCUGCCGUCCUCGACUCUUGGUAUCUACACGAGCCGGAUCAUGUAUCAGAACCCGUGCAGGAGACACCAUCUGGCGAACCCGUCCCGGACGCGUGGGGAGCCAGUGCAGUUAGCUUUGCUGCCCUUGAGCCUUGGGAUCCACACGAGCCGGAUCAUGUGUCAGGACCCGUGCAGGACACACAAUCUGACGAAACCGACGUGGAUGGGUGGGGAGGCAGUGCAGACAACUUUGCCUAUUGGCAUUCCCCUGAAAAGGAAGGUUUGCCGAUCUGGCUGUACCCAAGCAUGGUCUACUCCGAUCCUGCCCAACCAUAG